AUGCAUACUCUCUAUCUCUAUACCACCCUCGCUCUCUUCUGGGCCACCCUUACCACAAGCACAGAAACCAACCGAACGCUCCUCCAAGUGACCUUUCUUCCACCCACGACCAACAACACCCCCAUAAUCGUCGACACCUUCACCCACCCCGAUAAAAACAACCUUGGGUCCUGGCACGGCGCACUCGAAGACCUCUCUGUCACCCAGGGACGGAACUACAUCGAACUGAACGCCUCAGACGCCGACCAAACAUACCACAGCCAACUCUCCUCAACAACGUGCUUCGACCUAACCCCUUACAAAACCUGGAUCCUACACAUUGUGUACUCAGGCCCACCGAAAUUCAGCAUCUCCCUCCACCAAAACAAUCCCUCCUGCAACCCAUCGCUAAACCCUUAUCCCGAAACCAGUGACAGCAUCGAGGCGUCCCGCUACACUGCCAAACCCCACUGGCACCACCGUAAACCAAAGAAGCAAAAGGAACAGGACCUCUACAUCCCCCUCUCCCACUUUGCCAUCGACCAAUCCCGCGUCCUCUCCAUCUCCCUUGGAGGUUUCUACCCACCGUACACGCGCCCAAUAAAAGUGUAUAAGAUCGAACUUAUCCCGACCCUACCACGCGGCGUCAGAAUUCCAAAGAAACAACCGACCGGGGAGCUGAGACUCCGAUGCACGAGACCUGGUUCGUUUGCUUUCGGGAUCGAUGAUGGCAUACCCAGCCUUGCGGACGAGGUUAGGGAGAUAUUGGAGAGCGAGGGCGUGCUGGUUACCUUUUUUGUCGUUGGGGGACCACUCAGGGAUAAUAAGACGGGGUUUGCGGAUUUUUACAGAAAGAUGGUGGAGGGUGGACAUCAGAUUGCGUUACAUUCAGAUGGACAUUCCAGGAUGGAAGGAAUGGAGUCGACGAAGGCUAUAGAUGAUGACAUUUUCCGCAAUAUCGCUACAUUUAAGGAUUUGCUUGGGGUAGAGUCCAGCUACUUCCGUCCCCCAUACGGUACUAUCGGGCCCCGCACGCGCCAAAUCCUCGCCAAACGCAUCAAAAACCCCCAAAUCAUCAACUGGAGCGUCGACAUCGAAGACUGGAGGUGGGCAGACUCCGACACGCCCGAGCGCCAGCUGAGGGCGUUCUACCGCGAUGUCGACCGCGGGGGGAAUCUGGCUGUGCUGCAUUAUCUGAGCAAUUCGACCGUGGGAUAUUUUCGGGAGAUUAUCCACUAUGUUAAACGCAAGGGAUUGAAGAUUAUGCGUAUUGAUCAGUGCUUGGAGGAUCCCGGGGCUCCUAGGUUUUUGUAG